AUGAGCGCUCUUGCGACGAAGCAGCAGUCGCUGAAGAUCUUUGAGAAGUUGAAGACCAAGCCUACGAACAAGAUCUGCUUCGACUGCGGCCAGAAGAACCCUACCUGGACAUCAGUCCCCUUUGGCAUCUACCUUUGCCUGGACUGCUCCGCCAACCACCGAAACCUGGGUGUGCAUAUCUCAUUCGUGCGAUCAACCAACCUCGACCAGUGGCAAUGGGACCAGCUGCGCUUGAUGAAGGUCGGUGGCAACGAGUCUGCCACCAAGUUCUUCCAGCAGAAUGGCGGCACCGCUGCCCUGAACAGCAAGGACCCCAAGACCAAGUACCAAUCUAACGCCGCCACCAAGUACAAGGACGAGCUUAAGCGACGCGCUGCGCGGGACGCCCAAGAUUUCCCCGACGAGGUUGUCAUCACCGAUGCUGUCGAUGACGGCUCUGCUACCCCCGCCGGCGAGCCUGACGACGACUUCUUCUCUUCCUGGGACAAGCCUGCCAUCAAGAAGCCUACACCCCCCGUUUCUCGCACUGCGACCCCGCCUGUGAUGGGCCGAACGCCCUCUCCUUUCCUCAACGCCGGUAACGGUAACGGCAAGGACAUUGCCCGCGCUUCUUCGCCUCUUGCCCGAAACGCCUCGAGCGAGUCCAAGCCCGCAAGCAGAAUCACGACAUCGGCUGCCCUCCGCAAGACUGGUGGCAUUGGUGGUCCCCGCAAGGCCAAUGUCCUCGGUGCCAAGAAGACUACCAAGCUGGGCGCAAAGAAGGUUACUAGCGACGCCAUCGACUUUGACGAGGCCGAGAGGAAGGCCAAGGAGGAGGCCGACAGGAUCGCGAAGCUUGGCUACGACCCCGACGCGGAAGAGGACCCUGCGACCAAGGCUGCUACUGGAUCGGCUGCUGCCAUCAUUUCUCCCACCCCCGUCAGCCCCAACAAGAACAGUUAUUCAUCGCAUACACGCCAGAAGUCGGAUGCCGAGGUUGAGCGAUUGGGCAUGGGCAUUGGACGACUGGGCUUUGGCCAAAUUGGUGGUCCCAAGGCUGCCGCCGCCCCCAAGAAGAAUGCUGGUGGAUUCGGUUCCGUUGGACCUGUCAAGGCUGCCGCUACAGAUGACUCGGAGCGAUAUGCCCGCGACAAGUUCGGUGCCCAGAAGGGCAUCUCAUCAGACGAAUUCUUCGGCAAGGGUGCCUUUGACCCCAACGCCCAGGCUGAGGCCAAGACCCGACUCCAAGGCUUCGAGGGCGCGAGUGCCAUCUCGUCCAACGCUUACUUUGGACGACCUGAGGAUGAGCCUGAGGAGGAGUACGGCGAUCUUGAGUCGGCGGCCAAGGACUUUGUGCGCAAGUUUGGCAUCACGGCCGGUGAUGAUCUCGAGAACCUGACACAAAUGGCGGGCGAGGUGUCCUCCCGGCUCCAGGGAGCCAUCCGAUCUUACCUUGGCAACUAA